CAUGGACAAUGCUAAACGAUCAGGAACAAAUUUGCAGACUAUCAAAAUGGCGGCAGCCGACGAUGAUAUCGAAAAGGGAUACGCCUGGGAAACGGAGUAUGAACGAACAUGGGAAGGCUUAACGGAAGACUCAAGUGGCUCGCUACAAUCCAGUGUCAACGAAAUUAUACGUGGAAACAAGAAAAAGCAAAUAAUUAAAAGAGCUUCCAAUCUUAAACUUGGAAUGAUAAGGUACCUUUUCUUAGUGAUAGACGCCUCAAACGCAAUGAAUGAACAGGAUUUAAAACCAAAUCGUCUAAUAGCAACUACAAAACUCUUAGAAACGUUCAUACACGAGUUCUUCGAUCAAAAUCCUAUUAGUCAACUGGGUAUAAUCUCAACAUCAAAUAAGCGAUCAGCAAUUAUUUCGGACUUAUCAGGGGAUAUUCGACGUCAUCUUAAUUCACUACAAAAAUUAACCUCAGGUGCCGGGGAGCCAUCAUUACAGAAUUCAUAUGAGAUGGCUAUUUCUGUAUUAAAAUACGUGCCAGACCAUUCCAGUAGAGAAAUCUUAACUCUCUGUGGGAGUUUAACAACCUGUGAUCCAUUUGAUAUUAAUUUUACAAUAAAAACUCUUCGGGAGCAUCGAAUUCGAGUAUCGAUUAUUGGCUUAGCUGCUGAAGUUCGUAUUAUGAAAGUUCUGUGCAAAAAUACUGACGGUAAAUAUGCAGUUAUGAUGGACGUUCCUCAUUUAAAAGAGUUAUUAAAUGAUCAAGUAGCACCACCCCCAAUAUAUAAAGAAACAAAACCUUCUCUUGUGCUUAUGGGCUUUCCAAACGAAAUAUCUGCUGAUGAUGCUAUGUUAAGUACCUGUUGGUGUCAUAUUAAAAAUGAAGCAAAAAUUACUGGUCACGGAUAUCUUUGUCCAAGAUGUCAAGCCAAGUGCUGCGAUUUGCCGUCUGAAUGCCAAGUUUGCGGUAUUUUACUCGUAUCUGCACCUCACUUAGCUAGAUCUUAUCAUCAUUUGUUUCCCUUGGCUCCUUUUAAUGAUGUAUCAACUGAAGACGCACUACCAGCUCAUAGACGAUUUUGCACUUCGUGUCAAACUUACUUAACGGACAAAAUCAGCUAUCAAUGCCAAAAAUGUAACUCCGUAUUCUGUGUGGAUUGUGAUGUUUUUAUACACGACUCUCUUCAUACUUGUCCUGUUUGCACGUCGGGCAAAACCAACUAA